GCUCUGGGGAGACGCUUGAAUAAUCGAGAAGAAGUCAUGGUCCAACGUAAAUUUCCAAUCGUAUUGAUACUAAUCGCAUUAAUAAGCCAACGAAUACUGCUGUUAGUGGCGCAGAAAUGCGUAGCAUUAGAAGGUGAAGACUAUUUUGGAAUCUACAGCUGCCGGGGAGUGCAGACGCUUGGUGAAAUAGAAGAGGAAUUGACGGCCAGUUGGCGCGGUAUUGUUGUGCGAAAUCGCAAAGAAGAGUUCUUCGACCUUUCAGCGCAAUCAGGCGAGCAACUGCAACAAUCGAGCUGGGCACAGAUCAUAGAAUUGGACUUAUCACAGUCUGGCGCUUUAAAUCUAGGGGAUAAUGGAUUUAGUUUGUUCACUGCCUUGGAGCGUUUGAAUAUAACAAAUGCACAACUGGAAGAUUUGAAACCCCGAUAUUUUCCUAACCCUGUCAAAUUAAAGUAUCUCGAUGCUAGUUGGAAUGAUUUUCAAAAAUUGAAGGCGAAUAAUUUCAAGAGCUUUUCGCAAUUGAAAGUUGCGAAUUUUUCACAAAAUAAUAUACAGCGUAUCGAAACAGGUGCCUUUGCUGCGCUCACGCAAUUACAGUACCUAAACUUGGAUAACAACGCGUUGACGAACGCGUCCAUUGGUGCCUGCAGUGGGCUGAAAGAGUUAACGCUUAGUGAUAAUGACAUUAAACAGUUGUCUGCAUAUGACUUUGUGGGCUUGCCGCAGCUGAGACACUUGAAGAUCACCUCCAAUAGUAUUCGCAGCAUCGCAAAUUACGCAUUCGAGCCGCUCAGAAGUCUAGCAGUACUCAAUCUUGCGGGCAAUGCUUUGCAUCAACUUUCUGCAGAAACCUUUCGCGGUCUGGAACGGGCCCCGCUACAAUACUUGGAUCUCAGUUCCAAUGAUAUAAGCACGCUGCCGGCUCAGCUGUUUGCAUCCUUAAGCAAAUUACAAAUUUUGAAUCUCUCCAGCAAUCGAUUGGUUUCGCUGCCUGCCGAAUUAUUCACAGGAUUGACGCUGCUGCGUAAAGUGUAUGUGCAUGACAAUGAUAUCGGCAGCAUCGUACCAAAUACUUUCGCAAAUCUCACUGCGCUCGAUAUGCUGGAUUUAUCUGGGAACAACAUACAACAGCUGGAUGCGUUGGUGUUUGGCGCAACGACCUUACCACGCUUCCGAAAGCUCACGCUUAAGAGUAACAGCUUGAAGCAUAUUCACCCUCUAGCUUUCGCUGCGUUGCCUUCUAUGGAAUAUCUCUCGAUAGGCAACAAUGACUUAACCACAUUGGAUGUGCGCACAUUUGCGCCAAUGCGUCGUCUGCAGAAGUUCCAUCUAGGCCAUAAUUUGCUUGAAGAAAUAUCUGAAAAAGUACUCGACACUCUUAAUGAUUUGUCGGAACUUUUGCUGGACAAUAAUCAAUUAUCCUUCCUACCGAAAAUGGAUGUCACAGCAUUUCCCAAAUUGCGUAAAAUUUCUUUGGAAGGUAAUCCGUGGCAAUGCAAUUGCCUUGAUGAUUUGUUCGAUUGGUUGAAUGCCAAAAAUGUGGACUACUUCAGGCGGCAGAGUCCCUACUAUCAGGGGCAGAGACCCCUGUGUUUUGUGACGGAUAAAGAUGUGUGCGUGAGAGACUUGGCAACUGUAAAAGAGAUUGGAUUUCCACUUCUGUAUGAAAGUAUAGCACAUAGCAAAGAAAGAGAAUAAAUUUAAUACGUAUGUAUGUGCAUGUGUAUGUACAAGUAUAUGUCUAGAUUUUAUUUUUAUUUGAACCCAGAUUGUUUUAUGUAUCAGCUACCAGAGUUUGAGCUGCCAAUUCGUGACAUUUCCUAUUUGUUGCGAUCAUUCGUUGUAAUUAUUGAUUUUUUUAAGAAAAUAAGGAAAGAAAAAUUUCCUAUAGUAAUCAAAUUGCAAAAAAAAUAAAUAUAGUAAAGAAUAAGAAUCCGAAGAGCCAUUCGCUCAAGUUCUUGUAAAAUAGUUCAACGUUUGCUAACCUUCAUUGAGGAAGUUAUUAAAAUAUCUUUAUAUAUUGUUAAAAAGAAUAGGUCGAGUGCGCAUGAUAGCUGAUACGCAUAGUACAGCU